CGUCCGUCACAGCUUGACACGGAAGUGGCAGCAGUUCGAGCGGAGCAGGUUGAGACGAAGCGGAGUUCAGUUCCGUUUAAUUCUCUUUAAUUGUGUUGGUUACAUCUUGUAACCGAACCCGACAUCCAAGCUGGAAGGUCUCAGUGCAGCGUGGGUGCCCAGGGACCCACUGCCCGAGUGUGGGGAGAGCAGUGGCCGAGACCCGGGGGACAUGAACCACAGGAAGGGCGGCCUGGUCAUCUUCACCGGCAACUCGCACCCGGCCAGCCGCGAGAUGAGCAAGAGGAUCGCAGAGCGGUUAGGGGUGGAGCUUGGGAAGGUGCAGGUGUACCAGGAAGCCAACAGAGAAACACGGGUUCAGAUCCAGGAGUCGGUGCGAGGCAAAGACGUGUUUGUGAUCCAGACCGUGUCCAAGGACGUGAACACCACCAUCAUGGAGCUGCUGAUCAUGGUGUACGCCUGCAGGACGUCCUGCGCCAGAAGCAUCACGGGAGUCCUCCCCUACUUCCCCUACAGCAAGCAGUGUAAGAUGAGGAAGAGGGGCUCCAUCGUCUCCAAGCUCAUGGCCUCUAUGAUGUGUAAAGCUGGUCUCACCCACCUGAUCACCAUGGACCUGCAUCAGAAAGAGAUUCAGGGCUUCUUUGAAAUCCCAGUGGACAAUCUGAGAGCGUCGCCCUUCCUGCUGCAGUACAUUCAGGAGGAGAUCCCUGACUACAGAAAUGCUGUGAUUGUGGCCAAAUCCCCGUCUUCUGCCAAAAGGGCUCAGUCAUUUGCAGAGCGACUGCGUCUGGGUCUGGUUGUGAUCCACGGUGAAGCUCAGGAUGCAGAGUCCGACCAGGUGGACGGGCGACACUCUCCUCCCACCGUCAAGUCCACCGGAGCCAUUCACCCCAGCAUGGACAUACCAUUGUUGAUCCCUAAAGAGAAACCUCCCAUCACCGUGGUCGGGGAUGUAGGAGGACGCAUCGCCAUCAUCGUGGAUGACAUCAUCGAUGACGUGGGCAGCUUCGUGGCGGCGGCCGACACGCUGAAGGAACGAGGAGCGUACAAGAUCUACGUGAUGGCCACGCACGGCAUCCUCUCCUCCGACGCCCCCAGGUUCAUCGAGGAGUCUGUGAUCGACGAGGUGGUGGUGACCAACACGAUUCCCCACGAGCUCCAGAAGCUCCAGUGUCCCAAAAUCAAAACUGUCGACAUCAGCAUCAUCCUGUCAGAGGCCAUCCGCCGCAUCCACAACGGAGAGUCCAUGUCCUACCUGUUCCGCAACAUAGGAGUGGACGACUGAACAACACACACAGACACACAGACACACACACACACACACACACACACACACACACACACACUCCCAUUUGCCUUUAUGACGUCUCCAGAUUUACCGAUGAAUGAUAAACACAUCCACACAUGAGUUCCAGUGCCCUGAUUGUAUCAUAGUGUACAAACACAAAGUCCUCUGAGUGCAGCUCGACACAGAAGACGACUGAAGACACAUGUGAAGCUUGAGUCUGAGCUCAGCUGCUGAUUGGUUCCUCGGUUCUGGUGGAACUCACACUGGACUCCUGCCUGUCUGCGUGACGACUGCUGCCAAACACAUUUCAGUUUUUUACUCUGGUCUUUCUGAGUAGGUCUACUACCUCUGUUUAGUCACUUCUCCACCUCCUCUGCCCCCCCCACCCCUUCAAUAUGUUCCCAUUAUUGCUGAAGUUUGUGAUGAACAUGAUAUUUGUUGGGAUUGAAUGUCUCAUAGAAGCCAGUGAAGGAGAUUGUGCUGAGUGCCAGCGCCUCCUACAGGACGGUGGACACACGGGUCUUUAUCACGCCCAACGUUACUAAUUAAUAGCAGCUAAUUAACUUGUGUGUAUCCGAGUGCACGUUUGAACCUGAACCUCAGUUUGUGUACUUUUUUUUAAAGUUGUGUGUGAAUGUGCUACUAACACAAUUAGUUCAGACUCAUUAGCUGAACGUGUGUGUUGUUACCAAAGCGCUUAAAUGCUAAUCUAGUGUCAAAUCUCCCGAUUGCUAAAGUUGAACUGGAAUUAAUUUAGGAACUAUUUUCUCAUUCUAGUGAAUUGACUGUUACAACAGUGCAUCUGUGAAAUAUAUAUAUAUACAUAUGAGUCAUCCAUAUAACAAUGUGUGCCAUCGCUUUCAGCUUCACCUCUGUAUUUAUUAGACCAUGUCACAGAUGAACAGAUUCUUCAAACCUUCAGCUUCUCUCUCCAGCUGCUCCUCAGAUCCUUUCAAACAUGUUACACUUGAAGAAAAAUCACAAACUGCAGAAGAGAAUCGAACCCUUUCCCCCGAGGAGCAGAGACCUGACACAAGCAGGUCUUUGUCCCGCUUCCAGACGUGUUCCAAAAAAUGUUUUGUAUUUAUUUUUAGCACUUAAUCUGAAUAAAUAUGAUCUAUGAAAGAAAA